CCUUUGUGAAACAAUGGAUCCAAGGACAGAGCCCUUUACACUACCCUUUUGGCAUAACCAAAUAACCAAGCGACUAAAACAGUAAUAUAGUUACCAAGUACACACCGUUCUAUCUUUCUCUUUUCUUUCCAUUGUUAUUUCUGUAUUUUUUUUUUUACUGAAUCAGAAACAUGACCACUCCUUCUUCACUCCCCUUAACACCAGCUCCUAGCUAUCAGCAGCGGAGUCAUCGUCAUCGUCAUCGUCACUUGUCUCCGUCAAAAGUCCCUCUCAGCAAUCGCUCACUGCUCAAUACAUCUUGCUCUGCCCAAAUGCUCCUUUCAUCGCCAACUCCCCAAUUGCGUAAAGCCGCUUCGACCGAUACCCUCAAAACCACGCAUUCAACUCCUCUACCAACAACAAAGACAGGAACAGCAGGAACACUAGCAGCAGUAGCGAACCCUGUACGUUCCUGUUCCAGCCUGACCUCGACAACGAGUGGUCGUUCGAGUAGCAGUAGCAGCAGCAGCAGUAGCAAUAUCAUUACUGCCCAAGUAUCUCCUGCCAGUUUCACAAAGAUCAAGCUUCUCGGUAAAGGCGAUGUAGGCAAGGUUUAUCUCGUCAAACAUAUCGAGAAUGGCAAACUUUUUGCGCUUAAAGUACUAUCCAAAAAGGAGAUGGUCAAGCGAAAUAAGAUCAAACGUGCAUAUGCAGAACAAGCCAUUCUUGCCACUGCCAACCAUCCAUUUAUUGUUCCGUUGUACCAUUCUUUUCAGAGCAAUCACUACCUGUAUUUCUGUAUGGAGUUCUGUGUCGGCGGCGAGUUCUUUCGAGCAUUACAACGACGACCUGGAAGGGUGCUGGUGGAGAAUGAUGCAAAGUUCUACGCCGCUGAAGUCGUGGCGGCGUUGGAAUACCUUCAUUUAAUGGGAAUUGUUUUCCGUGAUCUGAAACCAGAAAACAUUCUAUUACACGAAUCAGGACAUUUAAUGUUAUCUGAUUUCGAUCUGUCUGUACAGUCACCGGCAGCAGGGCGACCUUCCAUCAUUCAAUCAUCCCUUCCGUUCUGGCAACGACCAAUGUUGGAUACAAAAUCUUGUGCAAAUUUGCGAACCAAUUCAUUCGUUGGUACAGAAGAGUAUCUGGCCCCAGAAGUGAUUGAGGGGAACGGCCAUUCGAGCAGUGUGGAUUGGUGGGCAUUGGGCAUCUUUUUGUAUGAAAUGCUGUUUGGCUUCACACCAUUCAAGGGAUGCACGCGAAACGAUACAUUCGAUUUGAUCUUACACAAAGUUCUCGAAUUCCCAGAUUUCAGUAGCAAUCCAUACUAUACCGGACCUGGCGUAUCCAGCCAAUGCAAAACAAUCAUACGUAAAUUAUUACACAAGGAUGAGACCAAGCGGCUAGGUGCUCGUGCAGGUGCAAGCGAAGUCAAAUCCCACGCAUUCUUCAAAUCGAUCAAUUUUGCCUUACUACGCAACAUGAAACCACCCAUCAUUCCUGCCAAAUCAAAUGCUAUUGAUGCCGUUCACUUUAAACAUAUGAAGGAAAGCGUCAGUUUCGAUCUUGCACGGCAACAGCAGUUACAACAGGAGCAGCAACAACCACCAUCACCACCGGCAACAGAUGAUGAUGAUGAAAAAACCCUUGAUUAUCAGGAUCCUUUUGCGGAAUUUAGCUCAGUUACUCUGCGGAGAGAUUUCCCGUAAUCGACAAAAAGAACCACUGCAUAGAUGACAUGUAUUCAUUUGUCACUUGAUACCUCCUAUUAUAGUACAACAUACUACCGUUAAUUCCUUUACCUUCUCACAUGUACCCACUUGUUUUUCUUGUUCUUGGCUGGCACCUUGUAAUUAAAACAAUCCAUAGUAAACCGGACUUCACAUGGAAACACAGUAAAGCUUGCGCUUACUAUAUAUAUAAACUUUUUUAAAGGAUGUUUAAAUCGAGUAAUAUAA